UAUAACACAAGCACUAGAAAGCUAAUGCAUUUGCUCUCCUGGGAUAAACAUGAACACUUCUGGAUCGUUUUCCUUUGCUUUAGUAGUUUUGUUUGCAUAUUGUAACACAUUAAUGAUAAAAGAGAUUCCUUCUGAAAAUGAUUACGAAGUAGAUGCUGGGGAUUUCAGAGAGGACAUCCCACAAAUAAAUGCAGAAUCCCAGAGGUUUUUGUUUCAAGGAGACAUUGCAGGAACUCGAGAACGGAAUGCUCUUAAAGAUCCAACAACAAGAUGGUCAUUUCCUAUUCCAUAUAUUCUGACUGAUAACCUUGAACUAAAUGCCAAAGGUGUAAUCUUGCUUGCGUUUGAGCAGUAUCGAUUGAAAUCGUGCAUUGAUUUUAAACCGUAUGAAGGAGAAAAAACAUUUCUAUCUUUCAAAAAGUUAGAUGGGUGCUGGUCUUUUGUUGGUGACCAACACAGUGGUCAAGAAGUGUCCAUUGGUGAACGGUGUGACACAAAAGCCAUUGUUGAGCAUGAACUUCUGCAUGCACUAGGAUUCUACCAUGAGCAGUCAAGAACAGACCGUGAUGAUUAUGUUAAUAUUUGGUGGAAUGAAAUUAUUCAAGGUAUGGAGCACAAUUUUGUUGUUUAUGAUGAUGACCUAAUUACUGACCUGAAUACUCCUUAUGACUAUGAAUCUGUGAUGCAUUAUGCGCCAUUCUCCUUCAAUAAAAAUGAUAGUUUGCCAACCAUCACUACAAAGAUACCAGCUUUUGAUGGUAUAAUUGGACAACGUUUGGACUUCAGUGCUAUUGAUUUGCUGAGGUUAAAUCGGAUGUAUAAUUGCACUUCCACUCUCACACUGUUGGAUCAGUGCGCAUUUGAGUUCAUUAAUAUCUGUGGCAUGAUACAGGGGGAGCAUGAAGAUGCUGAUUGGAAACAUGUGCAGAGCAGGCCUGGAAAUGAGGAUCAUACUGUAACCGGGAAAUGUAGAGAUGCUGGAUACUUCAUGUACUUUGAUACUCAGAAUGGUAAAAAUGGUCAAACUGCUAUUCUGGAGUCCAGGAUCCUAUACCCUAAAAGGACUGAGCAGUGUCUCCAGUUUUUCUAUAAAAUGACAGGCAGUCUAAUGGAUAAACUCACUGUAUGGAUGAAAAUAGAUGAUGGAACUGGAGCUGUUAGAAAAUUAGUUAAAAUGAAAACAUUUCAAGCGGAUGGCACCCUUUCUUGGAACAUUGCCCACGUGACUUUUCAUGCAACGGCCAAGUUUCGUUAUAUUUUCCAAGGAAUGAUUGGUAAUUUCAGUCAGUCUUCCGGUGGCAUUUUCCUGGACGAUGUCACUUUUACUGAGACCUCCUGUCCUUAUGGCGUCUGGCAUGUGAAGAACUUCACAAGCAUGCUUCACCAGAUGAGAUAUAACGAGACCGUAUUCAGUCCCUGCUUCACCAGCCCAGAAGGAUAUGGAUAUGGCUUAAAAUUAUUUCCUCAUUCUCGUUAUGAAAAUUACACAGGACUCUUUUUUCACCUGUGCAGUGGUGAAAAUGAUGGCAUUCUUGAAUGGCCAGCGGGAAAUCGACAAGCCAUUAUCACCAUAAUGGAUCAACAUCCUGACGUAAAGCUUAGAAUGUCAUCCACCAGAAGCUUUACCACAAAUGGAAGUUUGGUUAUAUCAGAAAUAAAUGACACCUUCUAUUGGGACAAACCUACAUUGACUGGAGUGUAUGAUAGCACAUGCGAUUGCUACAGGAGUAUGUCUUGGGGAUGGUCAACAUUUAUAUCACACAAACAGCUUCACCGUAGAAGUUUCUUAAAAAAUGACGAACUCAUUAUAUUUGUCGAGUUCAAUGAUCUGACUCCGCUGAUUAAUACAGAAGUGCCAGUUCAUCCUCCAAAGUCCCCUGGAAGGCAGCGGCGGGCAGUAGAACAGAGUCGACACUCAAAAGAAAAUCAGCAACAAAGACCCCACAGGGCGCAGUGCAGUCCUGGCUUUUGUCUGAAUGGCGGGUUGUGUGUUAUUGUGAACGGAAAAGCAAAUUGUAGGUAUGUGAAACUUCCAUAACUUAUAUGUGGAUAUUUAGGAGCAGCAAAGUAGUUAAUACUUUAGUGGAUUGUUUUAUAAUAUUUAAAGAAGCAUUUCCAAUUGCCUUUGCACCAUCACCCUACUCUUUCUCCGUUACAUCAACCACUCCAUCGCGGCUGUCGCUUGUACCAUUUGUUUUCAACAACUUUACCACCAACUUCCACCCUGUG